GAAUAAUAGGAAAUAAUUAAACAUACCAUAAAUAAAUGAAACAUGGAUUCCUCAUCAUCAUUGAAAAUAACGCAAGAAUCUAAAAUUGAAGCAGAAUUGAAAGUAGAAAACUUAGAUUUUAUUAACAGAUUGCGUGAUAAGAAUGUUCCUGAGCCCAUGAUCGUUUCUUUUGAGCAUAAUAUGAAGUGUACCAAAGAAGAAGUUCCAGAAUUUGAGUCUGACAUUCAAAAUGGUUGUGAAAGUUCAAAACAAAUUAAACUCGACGAGUCUCCACAAAUUAAUACAAAUCAAGUAACCACAAGAACCAAGCUUCACAAGUCACAAUCCCUGGAUUUAAAUAAUGAACAUAAACCAAUUUGCAAUAAUGUAAAAGUGGAAAACUUUAAUUUAACUGAAAUUUCAAAUUCAAUAUCAAAGAUAACUAGAAAUAUUCAUGAAGGCUUUCGUUUAAAAAAUGAAGGUAUUCAAAAGUUUCCCAGUAUCGCACCUAACGAUUUAAAAUAUCAAUCGGCUGAAAUCCGGCCUAUUUACCCAAACGUUCCAUAUAGUCCAUAUGCCAGUCCAUUUGGUAGUCCUCGAUGUAACCGCCGGCGACCUAAUUUUCGAGAAUCUCGAAGAAUCUCAUUGGAAAAAUCUGGAAGCUUUCUUCAAUUAAAUCAAUAUAAAUUAAUGGAACAAAUUGGACAGGGUUCAUAUGGUCUGGUUAAACUAGCAUACUCUGAAGAAGAUUCAACUCAUUAUGCCAUGAAAAUUCUUUCAAAAAAGCGUUUACUACGGCAAGCUGGAUUAAUGCGCAGGGGUCCUAGGAAAGCUACAUCUCCAUUGGACAGAGUCUACAGAGAAAUCGCAGUUUUAAAAAAACUUGACCAUCCUAAUGUCGUUAAAUUGGUCGAAGUAUUGGACGACCCAAUUGAGGACUCAUUAUAUAUGGUUUUUGAACUCGUAAAACUAGGCGAAGUUUUAAGGAUCCCAACCGAAAAACCAUUGUCUGAAGAAAGAUCGUGGAGUAUUCUACGGGAUACAUUACUGGGUUUGGAAUAUUUGCACUACCAAAAAAUUAUUCACGCAGACAUAAAGCCUGGAAAUUUAUUAUUAACCGAAUAUGGAAACGUCAAAAUAGCUGAUCUAGGUGUGUGCAAUGAAUUUUUUGGAGAAGAGGCAAAAAUUAGCAGUGGUACAACAGGUGGAACCCCUGCCUUUCGAGCUCCAGAAACUCUUGUGUUGGGACAGAAUGUCUACUGUGGAAAGGCAGCGGAUGUUUGGGCUUUGGGAGUAACAUUAUACUCCCUAGUUUAUGGAAACGUUCCAUUUUUUGGGGAGACUGUGCCUUUCUUAUAUGAAAAAAUAAAAAACGAUUCUGUUGUUUUUCCACAAACUGUUACAAUAAGUGAUCAGUUAAAAAACUGCUUACUAAUGAUGUUGGAAAAAGACCCCAACAAAAGAAUAACAGUUCCUCAACUUAAGGAAAAUAAUUGGGUUACUUCUGAUGGAAAAUUUCCACUGCCAACUGAAGAACAAAAUUGUUGUUUGGUUCAACUAGACGAUGAAGAUUUAAGCUUUGUCGUCAGGAGCAUUCCAAAAUUAGACACUCUCAUUUUAAUAAAAACAAUGUUGAAAAAACAUUCUUUCGGAAAUCCUUUUAUAAAAGAAGAAGAUGGAAAAUCGCCAAAAAGGUAUAGCUCGCGCUUUAAAAAAUUUUCCAAUGCUGGAAGAUCAAAUUCUGCUCCCGGAUCCUAUGAAGUAUCUAUGGACAGGCAGGCAUCAGUUGACCCGCUUCUUCCCUCUCUUACGGAACAUUCUUAGUGGUAAUGGUAAUCGAUGUACUGUGUUUGAAAUGUUAAAUUUUUUGUUAUACAUAUUUUUAAAAUAUUUAAAGGACUUUCGGCAUAGCCGGCUAAAGCUGUUGUUAGUGUAUAUAAAUAAUAAAUAAAAAAAAAUCGAAUUACCACUUUA